UCUGAAACUCAUCAUUCUUUUCCUACCUCGCCACGAAACCAAAAAACAAGAAAGAAGAAAACGACUAAGAAGCAGAGUACUACUAGCUUAAUUAAUCCAGCUCUUUACGAAGAAGAAGCAGAGCACUGCAGACUUAAUUAAUCAGCUCUUUCGGUUUUCUCUUGGAUCAAGUAAAAUGGGGAUUGCUCGUUUACAAGAGAGGGAAGAAGAUCACGAGCUAUUACAAGAGCUCCGCCGCAUGUUGGUCUCCUCCGCUGGCCAAGACAAACCACACCUUCCACAAAAGUGCUUCUCAUCCAAAAGCGCUUAUGAAGAUGACUCGGCAGAGAAGCUAGUCUGCGUCACAAGCGGCGUUUCCUUCUUGGGCCUCGCCGUCGUCAACCGCCUCCUCCUCCGCGGCUACUCCGUCCGCAUCAUCGUUAAUAACUCCUUGGACGUUGAGAAACUGAGGGAGAUGACGACGGCGAAUGUUAACGUCACUGUAGUUAUGGCGAAGCUAGCAGAAGUUGAAAGCUUAUCACAAGCAUUUCAGGGCUGUCGUGGCGUCUUCCACACCUCUGGAUUUACCGAUCCUGCUGGCCUUUCUGGGUACACUAAAUCCAUGGCUGAUAUCGAAGUGAAGGCCAGUGCGAAUGUGAUGAGGGCAUGUGCAGUGACACCUUCAGUAAGAAAAUGCGUGCUCACUUCUUCACUUUUAGCUUGUGUAUGGCAAGAGCAAGACAUUUCACAAAAUGACCUCUCCACAAUCCCUGUUAUCAACCAUGACUGCUGGAGCCAUGAGUCACUCUGCAUAGAAAAAAAGCUGUGGUAUGCUUUGGGGAAACUUAGAGCAGAGAAAGCUGCAUGGACAUUAGCCAAAGAAACUGGGUUAAAGCUCACUACAAUCUGCCCAGGUCUUAUUACUGGCCCUGAAUUUUUCUCUAGAAACCCAACGGCAACAAUUGCAUAUCUCAAAGGUGCCCAAGAGAUGUACCAAUGUGGCGUGCUAGCAACCGUGGAUGUGAUGAGACUGGCAGAAGUUCAUGUAAGUGUAUAUAAGGCGAUGAACAAGUCAGCAUUUGGUAGAUACAUUUGCUUUGAUAAAGUCAUUGAAACAGAGAAAGAGGCAGAGAAGCUAGCAAGGGAGACCAGUAUGUCAAAGAACAAGAUAUGCGGAAAUGAUGAAGAGUCUAGUAGUGUUCAUCAUCUUAGAUAUGAAUUGUCGAAUAAGAAGCUUACAAAUCUCUUGUCAAGAACACUAAGAAGUUGCUAUAACCAAAACCAGCAAUUCUAUUAAGUUCCAACAUGGGUUCUAGCCCUGUAUGUUCUGGUUUAGUAGCACACUGAAAGUUUUGGAAGCAUUUUAUGUGUAUUUCAGUAUAAUUCUCUUACUAAUACCACCAAUGUUAUCAUUUCAUAUCCAAUAAAAUAGAAGGGUUUUUAUCA